GUAAGUAUAAAACACUUGCGCUCACCCCACAACUGUAUCACAUCACUGUGUUCUCUGUUUCUCUCAUCUCCUAAUAGACAAACCGACAAAUCAACAUGAAGGCCUAUAUGUGUGUGGUUCUUUUCGCCGCUGCCGUCUUGGCCGCGCCCGAGGGAAAGCGCGACAAACGCGGCUACCUUCACGGAGACCUGCAUCACUCUCUGGAUUUCGGCCACAGCUUUGACUCCGUGCAUUUGCAUAGUGCCCCCAUCAUUCACAGCGCGCCUGCCGCUAGGAUCAUCUCCGUCAAUAAAGUGGUGGAGGUGCCACGAGUGGUCGAAGUGAAGAAGAUCGUCUCAGUCCCCAAAGUUGUGUCAGUGCCAGAAAUCGUGAGAGUGAACAAGAUCGUCGAGGAGCCACACUUCCACUUGGGUUCUUCCCACUACUCCCUGGGUUCUUCUUACUCUUCCGGAUGGUGGUAAUCUGCCAGUGCCUCUAGUCAACAUUAAUCUACGUAGUUAGUUAAAACGCCAUCAACUUUCUUUAAAUCAAAGCGCCGUGUCCAUUGAAGCCCAACUCGGUUGGGUCGAUUUGAGCUUAGCCUCGCUACUUCCGAGGCACUCUGCUACCAAAACUUACUAAGAACUUAUUUUAAGAAUACACUAUUUUUUUAA